AUGAGAGUGAAGUACAUGACAGCAAUGACAAAAGGAACUAAUAUCAAACCUAAUGAAAUCGCUCACGAGGACAUAGAGCUUAACAAGUACUUUGUGGAGUAUCUUAUAAGUGAAGAGUAUGUAAGACCUUACUUCAUGUUUGACAGCAUGAAUGAGGAUGUUAUUUCAUGGUUAAAGAAUAUAAGCAAUGUUUUCGGUAAGUACGUCAUAGAUGACAAAGGUCUUGUUGUAUUUUAUGAGACAGCAAUACGAACACAGGAACUAAUGGAUAUUAUGCACUCAACAGCAAAGAAAGGAUUUAGUACUAUUGGCAUGAAUGAACAUUGCAGGAAUGACAUAUACAACCUAUGCUCACGAAAGCCUUACACAAAAGCAAUACAAAUGAUAGAACAUAAGUGUCUAAGGUCAGCAAAUGAAAUCAUUACUGUCAGUGGUUAUGAAAGAACUGUUAGCAAAGAUGAGUGGAAACAGCUAUUCAUAUUAAGGAAGGACGUUGCUGAACUAGUUAAACCUGUUGCACAAACAUUGUUUCAGAUAAGACCAGCAAUGACUAAGAACCCUUUGACCUUAGUCAAUGAGACCAUAGAGGUUGAAGAUAAUGACAUGAAAGAACUAGGAAUGAAUGAGAGAAGUUGUGAAGGAUGUUUGAGUCAAAACACAUGGUUCUUCAGAGCUGUUAAGAAACUUAGUAAAGAACGACAGAAAUAUUUUAUAGAGAAGUAUUGCAAAGGAUGUGUAAAUGAAUUGCUUGAAAUAGAACUUAGAGACACUUUCACACUAAAGGACUUGAGGAGAAAUAAGUACAUGAGUGAAGAAGGUAUUGACAUAGCUAGUGUUAUAAAUGACUUAAGAAGAUGUGUUGUCGUUAUUGACGGAGCACGUAUGACAUAUCUAGUGAAAGAUUAUGAUGGAAUACGAGACACAACAACACUUGUGUCAGUAG